AUGAGUGCAAGCAAAGCUGCUGUAGAAGUUAUUAAUGUAGCUUCGAGAAAGCAUUUGGUUACUGGGGGACCAUGCCUAUGGGUAUCAAAACUCUUACAUGAAAAGGGUGUGCUUUCAUCAAAUAGAAUCUGGGAGGAAUAUCUUAAGGACUAAAGCGUGGAGAAGGAUUUAAUCAAAUCAAAAAGUUAUCUAAAGAAUAAAAUUCUCUAUUAGAUGCAUUUGCAAGGUAAAAUUGAUUAGGGAAAAGCAAUUGAUAUGACAUAAUAUAACAAAUCAGGUUGGGCAUUAAAUACUAAAGUAGCUUUUAAGAAUAUAGCUCCAGAUAUUCUUGCUCAGAUCGAGCCAUUACCCGUUGUCACAAGAAAAGACUAUAAAGAAUACCUUAGAAACAAUAACAUUCCAUACGACUUCUGA